GAAAGUUAUGUAUUCACACCUCAUUCCAUCAUAUUAUCACAUGACUCAAAGCAGAGGAACAGCAGUGGUUGACAAAAACCAAACAUUUCUCUUUCUAGCUAUUGCCACAAACCGAAACGUUUUCUAGUAGUUCUGUGGCAACAGUGUUUUAUAUUUCCACACUCAGGUCUGUGCGCACCCAAUUUGACGGUCGCAAUCGCCAUUUAUUUUCAAGAAAGGGGUGCUGUGUUUUUGAAGAAGGGGAAAGAAAGAAAGGAGAGUGAACGAAACCCGACGAGACAGAGCAAAGGAGGGGGAUUGAGAGUCGGGAACAGAAGAAGCUAUCCACACGGCGACCGGAGUGGACCGAGGGCCCCGAACCAGGUGUUAAUAUCCCCGCUUACAGGAAGGAGGGAGACGGCAGAGCCAUGGCGAAUAUAGCGGUCCAAAGGAUCAAACGGGAGUUCAAAGAAGUUCUGAAAAGCGAAGAGGUUUGAUAAAUAUCCCGUAUGACUAUUUACGGUUGCUUAUGGCAAAUAGUUAUGCUUUUUUUAACCGGGUUAAAUUGAAAUUGUGGUUGUUUAUUUUGCAAGUUGUCACGCAAGGUAUUGUCAGCUAGCUAACGUUAGCCAGUCUGCGUUUCUUGAUGCAGCAAAAAAAAACCGAGGCCCCUAUCAGGGGAACUUUUAUCGGUGAUUGUGCGACAGUAUGCCCGGUGAGAGGUAAAAGGGUGUCGGCGACACAGAUCAGGUAAUAUCGCGGAGUUAGCAAAGGGACAGGGCCUUGGGACAGAUAGCCAAAACAAAAAGCCCUAACGCCAAACUUCCGAGUGUCAGCCCAAAUAGUUGUCAAAUGCUAAAAAUAGUUUUUUUCUGUGUUGACAGUUUUUUUGUAGCUGACGUUAGCUAACUACCUGAGUUGGCAACUUGUCUUGUUAGCUAAGACAGAGUAGCUAGCUUGUUAGCUAGUUUGACAGCUGCCUAGGUGCAUCCCUCUCACUAUGUAAUAACUAGCUAAGUGUCUUCGCUAUGAAGACAUUUAGGACGUUUUGGACCCUGUAGCUAGCUAGCUAGACUACUGUCAGUUCUUCUAUAGCACAUCAUGAGAGACUUUAGCUUAUUUAGCUAGCUAAAUGAAAUGUGGAUCCCCCCAUGUCCUAUUUCAAUAUGAAAGGGAAGCACUGGGGCAAACAGUGGUCUACUACUACAACUGUUUGUUAUGGUGUCUGGUGGAUUAUCAAUGGAUAAGGGUCAAGGGAACCACAAUCUCUCUUCAUCCAUCCCUCUCUCUCUCUGACAGACAAGUAAAAACCAGAUCAAGGUGGAUCUGGUCGAUGAAAACUUCACAGAGCUGAGAGGAGAGAUAGCAGGACCACCCGACACGCCGUACGAAGGUGACACGCGCACACACACACACACACACACACACACACACACACACACACACACACACACACACACACACACAGGCCUAUACUGAUCAUAUAUACACUGUUUUGUUUUCUCCCUUUUUAAGGUGGCAGAUUUCAACUGGAAAUCAAAAUCCCAGAAACGUAUCCCUUUAACCCUCCCAAGGUAAGAAACGCAUCCCUUUAACAGUCCCAAGGUAAGAAACGCAUCCCUUUAACAGUCCCAAGGUAAGAAACACAUCCCUUUAACAGUCCCAAGGUAAGAAACACAUCCCUUUAACAGUCCCAAGGUAAGAAACACAUCCCUUUAACCCUCCCAAGGUAAGAAACACAUCCCUUUAACAGUCCCAAGGUAAGAAACACAUCCCUUUAACAGUCCCAAGGUAAGAAACGCAUCCCUUUAACAGUCCCAAGGUAAGAAACGCAUCCCUUUAACAGUCCCAAGGUAAGAAACGCAUCCCUUUAACAGUCCCAAGGUAAGAAACACAUCCCUUUAACAGUCCCAAGGUAAGAAACGCAUCCCUUUAACAGUCCCAAGGCAUGCAGGGCAUUCUGACAACUCACAUGGCCUUUUCAACCAGAUAACACGUGGUCCUCUGUAGCUCAGCUGGUAGAGCACGGCACUUGUAACGCCAAGGUAGUGGGUUCGAUCCCCGGGACCACCCAUACACAAAAAAUGUAUGCACGCAUGACUGUAAGUCGCUUUGGAUAAAAGCGUCUGCUAAAUGGGAUAUUAUUAUUAUAUUAUUAUAACCUUUAUACCUGAAACAGAAGGGCUUUACUACACCACUAUGGUGGUACCCUACUGUUUAACACACCCCUCUCUCUGUCCCCUCUCCCCAGGUGAGGUUCAUCACUAAGAUCUGGCACCCCAACAUCAGCUCAGUAACAGGAGCCAUCUGUCUGGAUAUCCUCAAAGACCAGUGGUGAGUCACACAUAUUUACAUGCCUCCUCUCUCUCUCUCUCUUCCUGUCAAUCUCUCGCUCCUCUCUCUCUCUCUUCCUGUCAAUCUCUCGCUCCUCUCUCUCUCCCCCUCUCGCUCUCUCUCUCUCUCUCUCCCUGUCAAUCUCUCGCUCCUCUCUCUCUCUCUUCCUGCCAAUCUCUCGCUCCUCUCUCUCUCUCUCUUCCUGCCAAUCUCUCCUCUCUCUCCUCUUCCUGCCAAUCUCUCGCCCUCCCCUUAAUCCUUCUGCUCUUCUUCGUCAAUCUCUCGCUCUUCUCUCUCUCUUCUCUUCCUGUCAAUAUCUACCUGCAUCCCUCUCCUGCAACUCUCCUCCUCUCUCUUCUCAGAAACUCGCUCCUUCUCUCUCCCAUCACGUCAAUCUCUCCUCUACCUCCUCCUCUCCUAGGUCAUCUCUCCCUCUUCCCUUCUCUCUUCCUGAUACAUCUCGCUCCAUCUCCUUCUCUCUCCUGUAAUCUCUCUCUCCUGUCAAUCCAGUCCUCUAUCUCUAUUCCUGUAAUCCCCCCUUCUCUCUAUAUGUAAUCUCUCGUCCUCUCUCUCUCUCUUCCUGCAAUUCUCGCUCAUCUCUUUUUCCUCAACUUCCUCCUCACCUUCAAUCUCUCGCUACUCUGCUUUACCUGUCAUUACACGCCCUCUCUUCUCUCCCUUCUCCUAAAUCUUCCUCCUCAUCUCGCUCUUCUGUCAUCUCUCUCCUUCUCCUCUCUUCUGUCAAUCUCGUCGCUCCUCUCUCUCUCUUCUCCUGUCAAGCUCUCGCUCCUCUCUUCUCUCUCUGUCAAUCUUCCUCCUCUUCUUCCCUUUCUUCAAUCUCGCUCCUCUCUCUCUUCUGUCAAUCUCUCGCUCCUCUCUCUCUCUCUUCUUCCUGUCAAUCUCUCCUCCUCUCCUCUCUCUCUUCCUUCAAUUCUCCUGUCCUCUCUCCCUCUCUUCCUGUCAAUCUCUCGCUCCUCUCUCCCUCUCUUCCUGUCAAUCUCUCGCUCCUCUCUCUCUCUUCCUGUCAAUCUCUCGCUCCUCUCUCUCUUCCUGUCAAUCUCUCGUCUCUCUCCCUCUCUUCUGUCAAUCUUUUCCCUCUCUCUCUCUCCUUCACUCUCUCUGUCUCUCUCUCUCUCUUCCUGUCAAUCUCUCGCUCCUCUCUCUCUCUCUUCCAGGGCAGCAGCAACGACUGAGAACAGUACUGUUAUCUCUCCUCACUAACUCCUCCCCCCCUUUCCCUCUAACUCCUCCUCUCUCCCUACCUGAGAACAGUACAGCUCCUCCCCUCUCUCUCUUUAACUCGUCUCCUCCUCUGUCUGUCCACCCCCCCAGGGCAGCAGCGAUGACCCUGAGGACGGUGCUGUUGUCUCCCUCUCUCUUUAACUCGUCUCCUCCUCUGUCUGUCCACCCCCCAGGGCAGCAGCGAUGACCCUGAGGACGGUGCUGUUGUCCCCCUCUCUCUUUAACUCGUCUCCUCCUCUGUCUGUCCACCCCCCCCAGGGCAGCAGCGAUGACCCUGAGGACGGUGCUGUUGUCUCUCUCUCUCUCUAACUCGUCUCCUCCUCUGUCUGUCCACCCCCCAGGGCAGCAGCGAUGACCCUGAGGACGGUGCUGUUGUCCCCUCUCUCUUUAACUCGUCUCCUCCUCUGUCUGUCCACCCCCCCAGGGCAGCAGCGAUGACCCUAAGGACGGUGCUGUUGUCUCUCUCUCUCUCUAACUCGUCUCCUCCUCUGUCUGUCCACCCCCCAGGGCAGCAGCGAUGACCCUAAGGACGGUGCUGUUGUCUCUCUCUCUCUUUAACUCGUCUCCUCCUCUGUCUGUCCAUCCCCCAGGGCAGCAGCGAUGACCCUGAGGACGGUGCUGUUGUCCCUCUCUCUUUAACUCGUCUCCUCCUCUGUCUGUCCACCCCCCCAGGGCAGCAGCGAUGACCCUGAGGACGGUGCUGUUGUCCCUCUCUCUCUCUAACUCGUCUCCUCCUCUGUCUGUCCAUCCCCCAGGGCAGCAGCGAUGACCCUGAGGACGGUGCUGUUGUCUCUCCAGGCUCUUCUGGCAGCAGCUGAACCAGACGACCCACAGGAUGCAGUAGUGGCCAACCAGGUACCCGUGUGUGUGAAUCUGUCUUGGUGUGUCAGAUCUUUAUCAACUAUGGAGUGUGACUGAUGUGUCUGUCUGUCUGUCUGUCUGCUAGUGUCAAGUGUUUCCCUUUUUGAUGGCCCCCGUGUAGCUCGGUUGGUAGAGCAUGGCGUUUGUAACGCCAGGGUUGUGGGUUCGAUUCCCACGGGGGGGGGGGCAGUGUGAAAAUGUAUGCACUCACUAAACUGUAAGUCGCUCUGGAUAAGAGCGUCUGCUAAAUGACGUAAAUGUAAAAUGUAAUGCCAUUCUGUAUAUGUGUAUCUCCUUGAUGCCAUUCUGUAUAUGUGUUUCUCCUUGAUGCCAUUCUGUAGAUGUUUCUCCUUGAUGCCGUUCUGUAUAUGUGUUUCUCCUUGAUGCCAUUCUGUAUAUGUGUUUCUCCUUGAUGCCAUUCUGUAUAUGUGUUUCUCCUUGAAGCCAUUCUGUAUAUGUGUUUCUCCUUGAAGCCAUUCUGUAUAUGUGUUUCUCCUUGAAGCCAUUCUGUAUAUGUGUUUCUCCUUGAAGCCGUUCUGUAUAUGUGUUUCUCCUUGAUGCCAUUCUGUAUAUGUGUUUCUCCUUGAAGCCAUUCUGUAUAUGUGUUUCUCCUUGAAGUCAUUCUGUAUAUGUGUUUCUCCUUGAUGCCAUUCUGUAUAUGUGUUUCUCCUUGAAGUCAUUCUGUAUAUGUGUUUCUCCUUGAUGCCAUUCUGUAUAUCUGUUUCUCCUUGAUGCCAUUCUGUAUAUCUGUUUCUCCUUGAUGCCAUUCUGUAUACGUGUUUCUCCUUGAUGCCAUUCUGUAUAUGUGUUUCUCCUUGAUGCCAUUCUGUAUAUGUGUUUCUCCUUGAUGCCUUUCUGUAUAUGUGUUUCUCCUUGAUGCCAUUCUGUAUAUGUGUUUCUCCUUGAAGCCGUUCUGUAAAUGUCUUUAUUCCCAUCCAGUAUAAGCAGAACCCAGAGAUGUUUACGCAGACAGCCCGGUUAUGGGGUCAUUACUACGGUGGAGCCCCUGUACCCGGUCCAGAAUACACAAGGAAGAUAGACAAACUCACUGCCAUGGGCUUCGAUAAG